GUGAGGAUGUUUUUUUUUUUCCUCCCGUCAUGGCAUCACCUCAUCCACUUGCAUUCGCAAAAAUAUUUUCCCGACUGUUUACUUAUUUAUUGGCACAUAUCUGUGUUUGGGAGAGAAGGAGUGUGACAUGCGGAGCGGCUAAUCCAACAGCAUCUUUAAAUAUGUUCUUUUUGGUGGCGCCAGACUCAUAAUAAGUAGGACAGCAGAACAAACUCUGGACCAAGGACUCCAUGCUUCAGCAGCAUCUGCCUUGAAUGAAAAGAGGCUGAUAAAAUGAGCGAAACAACGCCAGUGAUUUAACCAGGAUGGACUUAUUGGAUGUAAUGGCAACUUCACCCCCAAACUCUUCACUGGAGAAUGUCACUCAGAUUUACUCCUCUGCAGCUCCUCCUUUGGCUCCCCACUCAAACAUGGCGUCAAUCAUCAUAGUGCUGGUGGUGUCAGUCAUCAUACUGGGAACUGUGGUGGGGAACGUCCUUGUGGUGGUUGCAGUGUUCACCAGUCGUGCCUUAAGGGCACCACAAAACCUUUUCCUGGUUUCUCUCGCCUCAGCUGACAUCCUGGUGGCCACUUUGGUCAUCCCUUUCUCCUUGGCCAAUGAGGUCAUGGGCUACUGGUACUUUGGUUCCAUCUGGUGCUCCUUCUAUCUGGCCCUGGACGUCCUUUUUUGCACUUCGUCCAUCGUCCAUCUCUGCGCCAUCAGCCUGGAUCGCUACUGGUCGGUCACCAAAGCCGUCAGUUACAACCGCAAACGGACCCCCAAAAGGAUCAAGCUGAUGAUCAGCAUAGUUUGGCUGAUCUCAAUCGUCAUCUCGUCCCCUCCACUUCUGAUGACGAACAAUGAAGAGAGAUGGAAUUCGGUCGAUGAUGACGUGAAAAUGUCCCAUCAGGAGUGUCUUAUCAACAAUCAAACCUGGUACAUCCUCUCCUCCUGUCUUGUUUCUUUUUUCGCGCCAGGCGUGAUCAUGAUUCUGGUUUAUUGUAAGAUCUACCGUGUUGCCAAGCAGAGAGCCUCCACUGUGUUCGUGGCCAAGAAUGUGAUGGAGAGGCAGCCCUCACAGUCAGAGACUUGCUUCGUCGGUGCUGCUGAGACUCACCAAAGAAAAGGAUUGGAUCGAAAAUCCCAGUAUGAGCUUGACAGAGUGCAGCCUGCAAACACACGCAACUCGUCCAAAACGGACAGCAGCAGCCAGCGAAGAGGAGAUCUGGAUGAUAUUGACUUGGAGGAAAAAAACUGUGAGGCUGACAUCAAAACUUCCUCUACGUUUUCCUCACUUAGGUUCCCACAUAGAGUUGGGAAGAAGAUGAAAACAGAUGAGCAAAAAGAUGUAGACACAAAUCGACUACAGCCCCCACCUCCUUCCUGCGCCUCCAUAUCAUGGGCUUCCUCCGAACACAGCUCCAACCUCUUCCUCCUUCCUUCUCCUGUGCCUCGCAGGAGCAGGCAACUGUCUUUAUCCAGAAACAAAGUGGCACAGAUGAGAGAGAAGCGCUUCACAUUUGUUUUGGCAGUUGUGAUGGGCGUCUUUGUCCUUUGCUGGUUUCCCUUUUUUUUCACGUACAGUCUUCACGCUCUCUGCCGCGAGAAAUGUACCAUUCCUGAGACUCUCUUCAACCUCUUCUUCUGGAUCGGCUACUGCAACAGCUGUCUCAACCCGAUCAUAUACACCAUAUUCAACAGAGACUUCCGGAGGGCCUUCAAGAAGAUUUUGUUCCACACUUCAAAAUAAGUCAUGAAUGUGUGGCACUAGAACGCAGGUAUUGGUUAUGGAGCUUGAGGACAUUGACUUGACAUAUCUUCCAUUGAUGUGCACAUACCAA